AGAUCCAGUUUACUUUGAUGAAAACUGGCUGAACAGAAUCAAAACAGAAGUUGGAGAUAAUUGGAGGCUAAAGGUGAGCAACUUGAAGAAAAUUUUGAAAGGAAUAUUGGAUUACAAUCAUGAGAUUCUGGGGCAAGAGAUAGAUGACUUCACCCUUCCUGAUGUUAACCUGAUUGGAGAACAUGCUGAUGCUGCAGAGCUUGGGAGAAUGCUUCAGCUUAUCUUGGGAUGUGCUGUCAAUUGUGAACAGAAGCAAGAGUACAUCCAGACCAUAAUGAUGAUGGAAGAAUCAGUUCAGCAUGUUGUCAUGACAGCCAUUCAGGAGUUGAUGAGUAAAGAGUCUCCAGUCUCUGUUGGAAAUGAUGCUUACGUUGACCUUGAUCGGCAGCUGAAGAAAACUACAGAAGAACUAAAUGAAGCACUAGCAACAAAAGAAGAAAUUGCCCAGCGAUGUCAUGAGUUAGAUAUGCAGGUUGCAGCUCUCCAAGAGGAGAAGAGUAGCCUGCUUGCUGAGAACCAGAUUUUGAUGGAACGUUUAAAUCAGUCUGAUUCUAUUGAAGAUCCCAACAGCCCUGCGGGUCGUAGGCACUUUCAGCUGCAGACACAACUAGAACAGCUCCAAGAGGAAACAUUCAGAUUAGAAGCUGCCAAAGAUGAUUAUCGAAUACGCUGUGAAGAACUAGAAAAGGAAAUUGUGGAACUGAGACAACAAACAGAAGAGCUUACUACAUUGGCAGAGGAGGCUCAGUCCUUGAAAGAUGAGAUAGAUGUACUCAGGCAUUCUUCUGAUAAAGUUGCCAAGUUAGAAAGCCAGGUAGAGUCAUACAAAAAGAAAUUGGAAGAUCUGGGUGAUCUGCGACGGCAGGUGAAGCUUUUGGAAGAGAAGAAUACGAUGUACAUGCAAAAUACUGUGAGCCUGGAGGAAGAACUAAGGAAAGCCAAUGCAGCACGCAGUCAGCUGGAAACAUACAAGAGACAGGCAGUUGAACUACAAAACAGGUUAUCUGAAGAAUCCAAGAAAGCUGAUAAAUUAGAUUAUGAAUGCAAACGACUGAAAGAAAAAGUAGACAGCCUUCAAAAAGAAAAAGAUAGAUUGAGAACAGAAAGGGAUUCUUUGAAAGAAACUAUUGAAGAGCUUAGAUGUGUACAAGCUCAGGAGGGUCAGCUCACCACUACAGGAUUGAUGCCUCUGGAAGGACAAGAGCCUUCAGACAGUUUAGCAGCAGAAAUCAUUACUCCAGAAAUAAA